GUUGGGGGAGGGGCAGGUAGCCAGCACAGCAGGGACUGUGUAGGAGAUGGUUCUCGCCAUGCUUGGGGUUCUGUACCCCAGGGCUGGGCUCAGUCUCUUUCUAUUUUACCUCAUCCUGGCAGGCGCACUCCUUCGACCUCAGCCCCAGAGGUAAGGCCACAGCCUUAGGGCCUCGAAGACUCUGGAAGAGGCUGAUCACUAUCCUGGGAAGGGUUAGUUCAUGAAGUCUUCACCCCGGACUGUCCCUCAUAAAGAAGUGGCGAUGGCUUUUGGGGUUAGGGCUCAGCACAGCAAUAUUUUCCAUAGGUCUCAGCGAUCUGUUCCUGAGGAAUUUUCAGCUCCGCUGGAACUGUUGCAGCCUCUCUCAGGCCUGGUGGAUGACUACGGGCUAAGACCCAAGCACCCGAGGCCAGGUGGGCCCAGACCCCUUCUCUCCCAGGCCCAGCAGCGCAAGCGGGACGGGCCCAACAUGGCUGACUAUUACUAUGAUGUGAACCCCGCAUAAAGCUAUUCUGGGCAGCAAGUGCUUGGCUCCAUAGCCUGUGUGCAGUAAGAAGGCCCAGCAGGGGUCCGAGUAAAUACACCCAGUAUGGUCCAGA